GACUAAGUCUUUUGGCCUUGUAUAAAAGGAACUACGGUUUGUAAGAGAGACAACCGACUCACACAGCUCCAUUUUCCGUUUUCCAUAUUCCACUUCUGCUCUCUUUACAGAUCUGAUCAAGAACGAUCAAUCAACUGUAUUUUGAGCUUGUCAAAGACUUUGUUGUUCAUUUUUUCUUAAUAUUUUUCCUUUUUCACAUUGUCUUUUUGCUUGGUCAAGCUUGAAUAUCUUUUAUUACUGCAGCCACCUAUGGUGCUGAGGAUGCCAUUGCAACCCCAGAACGAGAAGCACCCUGAUGAGGAAGAUUCUUGUUCUGUAGCUUACUCUGCAGCAUCUUCAAGGACUAUUAAGUCCAGGAUGACUGUUUCGGCAGCUCCUCCAUUUAGAUGUACAGAAUAUGCAGAGAAACAGAAGGAGUUUUAUUCAAGAUUAGAGGAGAAACAUAAAGCAAUGGAAGCUGAGAAAAGCCAGAGUGAAGCAAGGACCCAGAUCUUAAUAUUUGAAGGAAGAGAUAGAGGUGGCGGUCAAGCCAUUCAGAAAGAGUUUAUCUUUUAUGGGGAACCCAAUGCCAAGUUUCGACCUAUUUUUUUGAAACUUACUUCUACAGUUAUGUGAUUAGUAACUUUUUGAGAUAGCUCAAGUAAAGUGUGAGUAGUAGAAUGUCUUGAUUUUGGAUAGGGGUUUGAAAAAGAGUGGUUGAAUUUCUAUGAUAA